GUUUGUAUAUAACAAGCUGUGAAGCCCUUUUUGUCCUGUGACAAGCUUUCUAGGACUACUACAAGUACUUUCAACAGAACAAGAAGAGUAGUUGGUUGCUAUCCAAGCACCCAUCUUCACCAUGCAGCAGCCUGAAGGCGAAAAGGCCCAUGUCCUGGUCACACCCCUCUGGGUGUUCGUCACCCGUAUCUUUCAGAUUCUCAUUUCUUUAGCCAUCCUUGGGUUGGCUGCUGAUUUGGCGCACGAUGCCUAUCUUGACGAAGAAGGUCUUGCCUUGGCUGUUUCUCUCAUUACUUGGAUCGUCACCUUGUACGCCAUUCUUACCGAGCGGCUCCCGACGCUGUAUCAACUCUAUCAUGUAGUCGCCAUCAUCGUCCUCGACGGCGUCAUGAUGAUUCUUUGGCUCGCAACCUUUGCUGCUGUCGCUGCCAGGCGCGCACAGUUCGUCUUCAACGUCUCUGUGCAGGGCUGCUUCAACGACGGCAGCCUCUUCAACAGCGAGACAUGCUACAAGAAGCGCGACAUUGGCAAGCGCGAUGUCAUCUUGUUCAAGAGAGGCGGUGACAUGCUUUCUGCCAUUGCUGGCCUUGGUGCUUUGGUCUGGCUUCUCUUUAUUGCAACCUUUGCCUGGACUCUGCACAACUUCCUCAAGGGCCGCAAGGAAGGCAGAUUCUUGUUUGACAAUGAGACUGCCACUCCUCAGACCAUUGCCAUGGAGACCAAGCACGAUACUCAGGCUCAGCAGCAGGCUCAGCAGCAGACUCCCCUCCAGCCCCAGCCUGCUGCCCACCAAACCGCACAGUAUCCCCCUCAGGAGCAAUACCAACAGGGCCAAUACCCUCCUCAGACCACCAGCCCUUAUCCUCCGGCCCAGUCUCCUUACCAGCCCCAGGCUACCUAUUCUCCUCCUCCCCAGGAACAUCAGCAGGCGGCAUAUGGUCAAUAUCCUCCUCAGCAGUACCCGCCCCAAGGUUACCAUGAAGCGCCCUCUGAAGUUUCAUCUACACACCCCCACCAGCAGCCUCCCUAUCAAACUUCAUAGUUGGCAAAAAGAUGAAGCUGGUCUGAGAAAAUGGGAGAUGAAGAGAUGGAAUUUGGAGAAGUGAGUCAUUGGGGCGCAUUUUAUUUAUGGAUAUCCCACGGGUUUUAUUGGAUGACUUGGGUUAAAGUAAUGAACUGGAUGAAACAACGGUAGAUACCUUUAUUACAAAGCACAGAUGGCUGUAAAAACAGCUUGGUUUAAUUUACUUGUAUACUUUUUUG